GGCUGCCGGCUGCCCUCCCCACCCUGCCUCUGGAGCUUACUGUUCUCUACAACUCCCUGCUUUUUACUAUGGGAGCCUCUAACUCCACUAUCGAAGGAGAAGCAGAAGGAAUACGCCAGGGGCUUCUCAGGGUUCUGGAGGCUUGUGGGGCCUGCGGGCAGGAUCUUAGCACCGAGGAGCUGUGGCAGAAGGUGCUGCAGGAGGUAACCGUAGAGGAGCUGCAGGCACCUUUGCACCGACUGGGGGCCCUGCAAGCAGCGUGGUGGCUGGCAGCCAGCCGCCUGGGAAGCACUGCCGGCCUCUUCCGGCUCCUGAGCAAUGCUGAGGACCCAGGAACAGCUUGCUGCAGCAAGGGGGAGAAUGAACUCCUCUCUCUGCUCAAGGCAUGGCGGGCACCUGCUGAGGGGGCCUCCCUGCCCCUUGUGCAGAGCAUCGAGGACUUGAAAGAGAUCCUCUGCACUGCGGCAGCCUUCCUGCAAGGGCUGCAGGAGCUGGAGGCUGGGAACUUCCCCACCGCCCUCUCUCUCCUUCAGGAGGCUGCAGGAGGAUUCUGCUCCAAGAGUGUCCUGGCCCAGAUCUAUACCUGCCUCGGCUGCUGCGCUCAGCGAAUGGGCAAGCCUCAGACAGCCCUUCAGCACCUGAAACGGGCCCUCCAGGUAGACUUCCAGUGCCUUCCUGCCCUGUCCCAUGUAGCAGCUGUGUACCACGAGCUGGGGGAGACAGAUGCGGAGCUGCAGGCCCUGGCUCUGCUCUAUGAGGCUCUGGGAAAACACCCUCCAGCAGCUGCUUCCUCUAGUCCGUAUUUCCUAAUCCGAACAGAGCUUCUUGUCCACACACCAAUACUAGCUUCUCUCCUUCGCCGCUGCCACCCCUCUGAAGUGAAGUACCUGCUGGCACAGCGGUGUCUCCAGGACGGGAGGGUGGCUGAUGCAGUGGAACAUUACCUCGAUUUUCUGGCUCUGCUUCAAGAGGGGCUGCAGCAGCAGGUGCCCCUACAUGGUGGCUCAGCUCUGCCCAGGAUCCCUGAGGUGUUCCUGGAAGCAGCGUCCGCCUUGGAGCAGGCUGGGAGGUACCAGGAUGCCAUAACCGUCUGCGAGGAGGUGAUCAGCCGGACGACUGACCUGAUCCCACAGAUGUUACGAGUCGAGGAGAGGCUGGAGCAGCCGGAGUGCCUAUCGCCAGAGGCAGGGCUGGCGGGUGGACUCCUCUCCCAGAAGAAGGAGAGCCUGUGCUGCCUCGCCUGGAGAGCAGCUGGAUACUUGCACCAGGGCUGGGCAUGGGCUGAGCUGGGCCAGAGCAAGGAGGCCAUAACGCAAUUCAGCAGGUGCCUCAGCGAUCUCUUGCGUGUCCGGCUUUAUGGGUCUGGUGUUGAACUGACAGAGAAUCUCCUGCCAGAAGUGGAGGUGCUCCAGAAGAUCAGGUUGCUCUCCCUCAUCGGGCGAGGUGUGCAGUUCUUAGAGCUGGGCAGGCACAAGGAAGCCUUGUUGGAUUUCCAGCAUGGCUGGCAGAUCUCGCCAGGUGACCCAGCUGCUGCCUCCUACCUGGUGCAGGCCCUGUGGAAACUGAACCGAAAGCAGGAGGCGGCUGCUCACUGGCAGAAGUUGUCCCAGAGCCGCCCUGGGGAGGACGGGGAGCAGGAAGGGCAGGGAAGGCCCUUCCCUUUGUACCUGGUUUCAUGUCUGAAGCAGGCGACCUUCCCACACAGUGAAUCUCUUGCCAGAAGCAUACAGGAUUACCUCAGGACCACAAACCAGGACCCCUCGAGCUAA